CAUGCUGUCAGCACUCGGUAACCCGAGGCAGCUUGCCUCCCAAGUCUUGAACUUCGGCCUCAUUUUGUCGACCGCUUUCAUGAUGUGGAAAGGGCUCUCUGUCGUUACCGAUUCGCCCUCUCCGAUUGUUGUCGUCCUCUCAGGCAGUAUGGAGCCAGCUUUCCAGCGUGGCGAUCUCCUGUUUCUUUGGAAUCGCAAUCUGAUUCAAGAGACGGACGUUGGUGAGGUCGUGGUUUACAAUGUCAGGGACAAGGAAAUUCCUAUCGUCCACAGAGUGGUUCGCAAAUUCGGCACUGGGGAACACGCCAAGCUGUUGACCAAGGGCGACAACAACGUUGCCGACGACACAGAGUUGUAUGCCAGGGGGCAGGACUAUCUCGAGAGGCAGGACAUAAUCGGCAGCGUCGUUGGGUAUAUACCGUUCGUGGGCUACGUCACUAUCAUGCUCUCAGAGUACCCGUGGAUGAAGACGGCAAUGCUCGGUAUUAUGGGACUGAUGGUGGUUUUACAAAGGGAAUAGACGUUCUAGAGACUUGAUUAUUUCUGUUUGCCAGAAAAUGUUACAAGCGCAGGGCGGCUGGCGUUUCGGAGAUGUUGGCAUUCAUUCUGAUCUACUGGCAUUGGAUUCUUCUCUCGCAACUUUGCUAAUGCAUGUCAUCCUUCCC